UUUGGCUAGAGAACAUCCUCUGGAAACAAUUUUUAUUGGAAAAAACAGGUGCCGUCUGGAUUUUCAGACCGAACACUUUCCGUUUGAAAUUAAUUCACGCCACGACUCAUAAUGGGUGACAAGGAAAAACGUACGAGCAGCGGAAAAAGAAAAAACCUGGACUCUGCUCAAAGUGACUCGUCUGCACAACCGAGUGUUAGCAAAAGAAAUUGUGGCAACAAAGACGUGCUUGACUCGAGGUUGUCCAUUUCAAAAAGUGGUGCAAGGCCUAUAUCGAGUGUGGAGGUGCAGUCACCGGUGGUGGACAAAUACGCUAAAGAGUACAACAUGAACCACCCGCGCCGCGGUGUGGCCCUGAUCCUGAACCAUGUCAACUUCAAAAAAUUAGAAGACAGAGAGGGCUCUAACAAGGACAGUGAUAGUCUCAAGGACGUUUUGAAAAAACUGGGCUUUGAGGUCAGGGUGGUGAAGGACCUCGACUUCAGCGGCGUCAUGGAUACUUUGGAAAAUCUGUCCCAAGAGGACCACUCGCAGAAUGAUUGUCUGGUGGUGGCGGUGCUCACGCACGGUUCCAGCGGAAAGCUGGAAGCAAGCGAUUAUAAUUACAACGUGGAGAAUCUUUGGGAAAACUUCACAGCCGACAAAUGCCCGUCACUGGCAGGAAAACCCAAAAUCUUCUUUAUCCAGGCGUGCAGGGGCGACAACGUGGACUCUGCAACCGCGCUGAAGUGCACGAAUACGUCGGACCAAACGGGAGCUGACGAGUUGGACGCAAGUGCCGGUUCUCUUUGCUAUACCAUCCCCAACAAUGCCGACUUCCUCUUCGCCAACGCCACAAUGGAAGGGUAUAGCGCGUGGCGCAGUAAAGACAAUGGCACUUGGUUCAUCCAGCAGCUGUGCAACCAGCUUGAGAAGCACCACGAAGAGCACGACCUGCAGACCAUCCUGACAUUCGUCUCUUGCAGCGUGGCCGUGGAUUACGAGAGCAACGUACCGGACAACGAAAGCAUGCACAAAAAGAAGCAGAUUCCGUGCAUGGUGAGCAUGCUCACCAGACUCGUUUACUUCAGGAGCAAAAAUCCGAUUGAAAUGAUGGUGGAAUAAAAAAUUAUAGGAUAAAUUAUACAGGUUGCGGUUAAAUGUGUGCAUAUUUAUAAAAAAAUUCGGCACUAGAAUAUAAUUCCAUUGUAAAUCACCUAUAAUGAGAUAUUGUUUGUUUUUCAAUUUUUUGCAUUUUUGUGGUCAUU